CAUCUAUUUUCCGGGGUGGGGGGGGGGUACAGAGAAAUGUGUGCAUCUUUGUGUGGGCAGGCAGAGACACACCCACUUGGAAAGGCAUCGUCCCUGGAAGUGGGAGGGAACAGGACCUGCGGGUGCCCUCCUCCUGGGGGCAGAAGUCAGCUAAUAGCUACCCACAGCGUGUGGGAGCACUCACCCUGCACCAAAGCCAUCAGAGACAAGCUCGGGGCCUUGCUUGCUUGUGAUGGUUCCCCUGGGAAGGCAGAGUGUAAGCUACUUGCUGAGGACUGUCGGGAGACAAGUCGGUUGAGAUGUGCUCUAUGUCCUUCUCCUCUGCGUGGGCCAGCUCCUCCUGCUGAAAACAGCUAAGUCUGCUGGAAUUCUUGGAAUCUCAGCCCCAGAGGGACCUCGCUAGGGGCAAACCGAUCUCACCUUGGGAACUUUAUUACCCAGCGUUUGGACUGCUUGUUCCAACAGUUCUUAGGAAGUGUGAGUGUCUUUCACACCAGCAUCUCUCUGUGCUUGCUUCUGCCUACACUGAGGAAGACAAGUGCUGCCCCAGCCCUGGGGUUCCCGAGCAGCCUGAGGGUUCAGAACCUCCAAAACCCACAUGUAGACCUCCGGGGGCACAGAAACAUUGGAAGCAGCCAGGAGGACAAUCAGGAGAAAACCUAACAUUUUCAAUAUUCAAAAACCACUCGUGGAGGUGGUUGAUGUAGAGAACCCUGAAUUCACUGAAGAACUUUGUAAUUUCUGGACUAAUCUGUGUUGUCGUUCUGGUGUACACAAGGAGGGAUCAAUACAUAUCUGGAGCCUGGAGGGAAUGUACCUGGGGGCCUCAGAGGCCAUUUUGUGUGGCUCUGACUCACCCUGACUCUCCCAUGAAGCGGAAAGGAGGAAACAUCACACCAGGUGUGGCCAGCCUUUGGCCAUUGCUGUGAAUACCCAAGAGUUACUGCAGUCCCUUCCCAAUUACUCAUUUUUGCCUUAGCUGUGGUUCAGCCAAGACUUCUGGCUCAAGGAAAGCUGUUAAAAGACGAGACAGGAUGAGGCGGGAAGAGGAGGAAGAGGAGGGAACCAGGAUGAAGGCAAAAGGAGACCUUGAGAUGAAGGAGGAAGAGGCAAUCAGUGAGAAGGGAGAACCGGUUGGCCCUUUCGCGAGCGCCAUGCCCACCUCUCUGCCGCACAACAAGGGGUCCCGGUUUUCUGAGGUUUGGGAAUAUUUCCACCUGGCCCCUGUUCGUGCUGGCCACCACCCCAACCAAUAUGCCACCUGCCGCCUGUGUGGCAGGCAGGUGAGCCGCGGCCCGGGGGUUAACGUGGGCACCACAGCCUUGUGGAAACAUCUGAAGAGCAUGCAUAGAGAGGAGCUGGAGAAGACUGGCCAUGGUCAGGUGGGGCAGCGCAAGGACUCCAGGUCCCAGGGGCCCCAGCUCCCCAUGGGUAUCGAGGGCGAAUGGGCCCGGUUCCUGGAGCAGCUGGGGACCCUGGCUUUGUGGGCCAGCCAAAGGGAAAAGGAGGUGCUUAGGAGGGAGAGGGCAGUGGAAUGGCGGGAGAGAGCAGUGGAAAGGAGAGAGCGAGCCCUGGAGGAGGUAGAAAGGGCCAUCCUGGAGAUGAAGUGGAAGGUGAGAGCUGAGAAGGAAGCCUGUCGGAGGGAGCAAGAGCAGCCUGCAGCAGCUCAUCCUUUCCAUUUUGUUUAAAUCAGCCUGGGAGGUAUCUAUUCUGAAGACACAGACUUCAGGCUCCCAGCAAAGAGCCACUUUAGCUUAAAUAUAAAGUAUUUUGUUUUUAAGACAAAGAGUGCAUAAUAGGAGUUAAUCUCAGCAGUUCUGAAUUGACCAAAUACUUACCUACAGGGCCCCUGAAGGCUGUCCUGAUCAAAACCUCAAAACGUAUUAACUGAAGAUCGCUGUUGUUUUGCCACCAUGGGUCUGUGAGUUUGGGUGCAGAAUGGACCAUACUGUCAGUGGUGAUGAGUGAAAAUAAUGGGAUUUAUGCCUAGCACUUGGUUCGCGGAGCUGAGGGCUCUGAUAGUUGAGGUUGGCCAGGUAGCUGGAAUGUACCUAUGUGACCAGCUCAUUCUAAGGGACUCUGCCACAAGCAGAGCUGAGGCUUCCUGGGGCUGAGGCCUUUGCACACAUACUGGUGGUGAUUUGAGAACUGGGUACAGGGCUUGUUCUGUGGGGCCCAGCUGUGGAAGCACAUAGAAGCUUGAGCCUGAGUUCUCGGGACCCAUCCAAUGUAGGUCUUUUCUGCCACUGGUGCUGUGUUGUAUCAUCUGCUUACAUUAAAGCUGUGUCACCAGCAGAAACUGUCUGAGUCCUGUCUUUGCAACAAUGUAACACGUACGUAAUUAACGUAUAAUCAGCACAGAGAGAAUUAAAGACUUUUCAGCUCACUCGAAAGAAACGUUAAGAAUAGAGGAUGUAAAAACUUAUUCAUAAAUAUUUAAAAAUAUAAUCUAAUUUCAUAUUAAGGUCUGUUAAAGAGGGAGAUCAUGAGGAAGAGAGGAGAGAAACUCAGAAAGGAAAAAAGAAAGGUGGAGAGAGGCGGCGAGUAAGGAGAAAUAAAAAACAGAGGCAGAAAACCAAAAAAGAAAGAAAAAGAGACAGAGAAGAAGUGUGACAUGGCAGAAGAGAGACAGAUCCCUCCUCAAAAAUUCACCAUGGAAAGAUGAGAGACGAAGACUAUCUGGGAGACUGAAGGGCGGAGAACAUUUUCUGAGGUUCUGAGGUCAAUUUUAAUGAGUUAAAUUGCUUUAGUUUUGUUCCCACAGACCACCCAUUCAUUUGAACAGUAGGUUUUGGAUUUUAUUCCUGCCUUUGAGAUGCCGGCUACAGGCCAACUGUUCCCUGACUUUUAAAAAAACAACUGUGCAUUUUGGGGGUGUCUGGGUGGCUUAGUCGGUUAGGUGUCCAACCUCAGUUCAGGGCAUGAGCUCACAGUUUGUGAGUUCAAGCCCUGCGUUGUUCUCUGUGCUGACAGCUCAGAACCUAGAGCCUGCUUCACAUUCUGUGUCUCCCUCUUUGCCCCUCCCCCACUUGUGGGAGCACGC